AAAGGAAAAAUACGGAGCUCCCCACUGGUAGUGAAACCCCGAUACAUUCCUACCACACAGACAUACACACAUAGGCACCCAUUUCCCUUACUCAACUGCAUACAGUUCCCCCAACAGAAGAGGCACAGAACUACAACCAACGCUGCUAAUCACAGUCAUUCCCGCUGUAGAGCUGAAACUGAAAGGGCCUAACUUCCGGUAGAUACACGCACAGAGACACAAGCACGUUCGCAGACAACACGGACAGAGAGGCACAGGCACUUACACACAAGAGCCAGAGAGAGGGAGAAUUUGCGUGGUUAAGCCCAGAGGGAGUUAGACAAUUUAGACGGAACCCCCCAAGAGCUGCUGAUCAAACUUCUCUUCAAAACUACGCACACGCGCACACACACCACCACCACUACAAAUCACCAUAAGAUUGGACAAAAAAUUCUGUUCUUAUAUACAAAGGAAACACACAGUGAGAAGAGUCUACACAGAUGAGUACACAGAGACUACUGCCGUAUAGUUCCGGUAGUCCUUCUCAAGCUGCCUAUUCCAUAAGGCUUUCCCAUGAUUUCCAAUCGCUAUUGUCCCGUAAUGAGGGGAGGAUCAGGCUCAUUGUUUCAAAGGGAGAGGUAUCGCUAAAAGUUGACGGGGUAGUUUACAAGAUGGAAUCAUCGUCUUCACCCCCGCUAGACAUCUACCAGCAGUUGACAAAGACGUCGCUCAAGAAUAUCGGCGUGGUUUCCCAGAGGUUGGAGCCAACUUCCCCAAUAUCUUCACCGCUGAAUAACCCACAACAGGAGACCGUUGUGACCGGUCAUAAAUCCAAGAACAGAUCGCCAACAUAUACGCAUGAGAGGUCGAAUUCGAACUCAAGCGUAACAAAUUCACACAUCACUACUGCUCCAAAGCUGUCGCCUGCCUCGAGGAAAUUGGUUCAAUGGCUUGCGCUCGGUCCCCUGAGCAAGAGGGACAUUGUGCAGGCGACGAAGCUUUCCACACAGGAGGUUGAAUCUGCAUUGAAGCCGGUUGCCAUGCUAUACGAAGGCAACGAGAGACAGGUGAUAACGACUUAUCCUCAUUUCAAGGAGAGUUCUUCGAAGGAGCCACUCUUUGUUUUGAACUACUCUGCAUAUAAGGAGAUCAAGCUAAUUGGAUACAAGUACACAGAUAGUGAACUGGAUGUGAUUAGAAAGAACUGCCAGUUGGCUUAUGACUACUUGAAAUACCCUGAAACCCAUCCUGCAAGGGAAUACCUUGCGAGAUCGUGGAAAGAGCAACCACACACUCCAGAAUCCCCCGAAUCGUCCUCGUCAUCUUCUGCAUCUGUUAAAUCACAAUCGUCAAAGUCUUCAACUUCAGCGAAGGUGAGUAAGGCUACUACACCUAUAUCUUCAAAGUCCACUACAAGGCAACCUUCAAACACUACAAGCACAGCGAGUGCGACAACGUCGAAGGAUAUGACGAAGCCUAGAACCACACCUUUGUCACUUGAGAAGAAGCGCAAGAGAGAAGAUUCAAACGAUGAGGUUUACUACUUGGAUUUGGCACGUAGAUUCCAAGAGAAGUACAAAGAAUAUGAAGAAUUGUACAAGAAGAUACAAUCUUCAAAAGGGAAGAACGCUGAAGGUUUGAAACGGCUAUAUGAUCUUCACAAGAGUUUAGAAUCUUGGAAGAAACAACUAUGGAACAGCGUUUCAUGAGUUGUUUUCAACUUCUACUAUUGUUCUUCUCUCUUUUUAAUUACACAUACAAUGCAUUUUCUUCUUCCAACAUAAUUACUGUGCUUUUAUUAGGUUAAUUUGUUUGCUACCUGAUGCUUUGAACGAAGUAACAAUGUUAUAUUCUGUGGCCUGGCACUAGACCAAACAGCACACUAAACGCAGCACUUAUGACACAAGCCAAGAACAGCACCCAUAGAGAUCUCUUUUGUAACAACUUGACAACGAAUGGCUCUUUUAAGUUUCUCAAGAAA